UUUUCUGUGAGAGGUAACGUGGGAUAGGCUAGCCACAGAACGAAGGCCAGCGGCGCCAAGUGGUAAAAGGCGAUUCGAAAGGGGGCGGACGAAAGGCUGUGGAGACUGGGAAUGCGGGGACAUGAGCAGGUUUGUCUAGGCCCGCAUGCCAGAAACCGGGCGGGCUCCUUCUGUCUCGUGGCCUCCUUUGGAGCCUACCGACGAAUUCCUGACGAGCUCAGAGAGGACUGAUGCGACCAGAUCUGUGGCGGGUUGGAUUUCAAGUUGUUGAAAUGAGCAGUCGUAAAUCAAAGAGUAACAACUUGAUACAUACAGAGUACCUUUCACAGGUACAAAGAAUUUUACGUGAAAGAUUUUGUCAUCAGAGUUCACACAGUAACCUAUUUGGAGUACAGGUACAAUAUAAACACUUAAUUGAGCUGCUAAAAAGAACUGCUAUCUGUGGAGAAAGUAAUUCUCUUCUCAUUAUUGGACCCCGAGGAUCAGGAAAGACCAUGUUAAUAGACCAUGCUUUGAAAGAACUAGUGAAAGUAGAAGAAGUGACUGAAAAUAUAUUACAAGUUCACCUAAAUGGACUGCUACAGAUAAAUGAUAAAAUUGCCCUAAAGGAAAUAACAAGGCAAUUAAAUCUGGAAAAUGUAGUUGGAGAUAAAGUUUUUGGAAGCUUUGCUGAAAACCUUUCGUUUCUUCUGGAAGCUUUAAAGAAAGGUGACCGGACUAGUAGUUGUCCAGUGAUCUUCAUAUUAGAUGAAUUUGAUCUUUUUGCUCAUCAUAAAAACCAAACACUGCUUUAUAAUCUUUUUGACAUUUCUCAGUCUGCACAGAAUCCAAUAGCAGUUAUUGGUCUUACAUGUAGAUUGGAUAUUUUGGAACUCUUAGAAAAAAGAGUGAAGUCACGAUUUUCUCACCGGCAGAUACAUUUAAUGAAUUCAUUUGGUUUUCAACAGUACCUUAAAAUAUUUAAAGAACAAUUAUCUCUACCUGCAGAAUUUCCAGACGAGUUUUUUGCUGAGAGGUGGAAUGAGAAUGUUCAGGGUCUCGCAGAAGAUAGAAGUGUGCAAGAAGUACUUCAAAAGCAUUUCAGUGUCAGCAAAAGCUUGAGAUCAUUGCACAUGCUUUUGAUGCUUGCUUUAAAAAGUGUGACAACAUCGCACCCAUUUUUGACUGCGGCAGAUCUGAUGGAGGCCAAUCAGCUGUGUAGCAUGGACUCUAAAGCAAAUAUUGUGCACGGUUUGUCAGUCUUGGAAAUCUGUCUUAUAAUAGCAAUGAAACAUUUAAAUGACAUCUAUGAAGAGGAGCCCUUUAAUUUUCAAAUGGUCUAUAAUGAGUUUCAGAAGUUUGUUCAAAGGAAGGCCCAUUCUGUUUAUAAUUUUGAGAAACCUGUUGUCAUGAAGGCUUUCGAACACUUACAACAAUUAGAGUUAAUAAGGCCCGUGGAAAGAACUUCAGUAAAUGCACAGAGAGAAUACCAGCUGAUGAAACUUCUUUUGGAUAAUACUCAAAUUAUGAAUGCUUUGCAGAAAUACCCCAACUGUCCUACAGAUGUUAGGCAAUGGGCAACAUCCUCAUUAAGCUGGUUAUGAAUAUAACCAGUGACAGGCACACCUCUCUAAAAAACUAAAGCUGUUGUCCUUUAACAAGAUAAUGUUACAUUUUCUUAUAUUCAUAAAUGUGUUUUUGUAUUUAUGGGGAACUGCUACAUGUAUUUAUGUAUCUUGGCUGUGUCUUGCCUUUGAAUAAUGUGCAGUAACAUGAUUUAUAAUUCCAGUGAUUUAGAAUAUGUUGUAAGUAAAGGCUCGAACAAUAAAUGCAACUAUUUUAGGGAUGAAACUAUAUAUAUGCUUAUUUAACACUUAUGAAGUGUUUACAUGGUACAUUUAAAGAUUGCAUUUCAACCCGGCAGCCAGAUGUUUUUACAUACCUUAAAAAAAGCAGUAAAAACAAUGGUAAGAGUUGAGGUAUAAUGAGUAAUCUUUUGCUUUAGUGGUAGGUGCUACAAUAUUUUCCUGUGCCCAUAGAAAUUUUGGAUUCUGUAACAUACCCAGGUCCUAUAGGUCAGGAGACUGAGCAGUUUGAACAGGAGGUGGUUAACUUGGAAGAAAAAGGCCAGGAGUUCAUACAUUUUCUUCUAGAUUUCUCAAAGUGUGUUCAUACCAUCUACAGAAGAAUCCAUUGUGGGACUUCUUAAAUUCAGAUUAUUGGGCCUAUUCUAGGCCAAAAGGAUGGCAAUUUGUCUUUUUAACUAGAAAAUUCCUAGAACCACUCCCACAAAUGAGGAGGAGCGUUUGUCAGUGUUAAUUAAAUCUAUUUGUGUUUAAAAAGUAAAUCCCUAAGAAGAACGUGAAAAUGUUGGUCAGAACAUCAUCACCUUAUAAAUUCAGGAACUCCUGAACUAAUACAGGUGUGUGUUUAAAAUCAAAUUUGAUAAGAAUUAAAUGUUAGUGACUUCAUUUAUUCAGAAAUACUUCCUUGCCUAUUGUUUUCAUGGAAGAAUAUUUACAAAAAAACAGUCCCUAUCCAUUCAGUUUAGAAUUUUAACUAACUGUCAAAGGCCAUAUGCAACUUAGGGUAUUGUGGAUGAGAAGACGAAUGCAGUAGUGGCAGUGUCCGGUGUCACACAGGUAGAGAAUGACUGACAGACCCUGGAGUUCAACUUCAGUUUGAUUGACACCAAAGCCCCCUGCUACUAAGAGCCAAAGUCCAGGAAGGAUUCCUAAACAUGUAUUUUUAAAAUAUGCUCUAAGAAAUGAUUUAUCUGGUUUUAUUAUCAGAUGUACAAUGGAAUAUAAGAUUUCUGUGCCUGAAAGUAACUCUUUAAGUAGUUACAACCUAUUCCUUUGCAGACAUAGAUGUGCCUUCCUGCUCUGUGUGUCUCCAGAUCACUGUCAUUACUUUUCCGCAGUGUCUCAAUAAAAUGAAGGCUUACA